AUGGACUUAUUAAUAGAUAAAGUAAUCAAAUAAAUAGAAGAAUUUCUAGAUGCUAAAUUACAAAAACUUGAAUAAAAAAUAUAUUAAAAAAUUGAACUUUAAGAUGCAAUGAUAAAGUUGAUUCUUGAAAACUUGAAUUCAUUAAAGGAAACAUAAUAAUCUCAUCAAAUAAUAGAAUCUAAAUCACAUCGAACUAAACAUUCUGUUAGCGUAUGUUAUAAUCAUAUUUAGUAAUCUUUGGAAAUAGUCAAAAUUCUUAAUACAUGUUGUGCUUGUAAUCUUGAUAUUAUUGAAAAAUCAGAAGAAAUAGAAACUAAUUGUCAUCAUUUUUAUCAUUAAAAUUGUCUCUAAAAGAAAGUCAAAUAAUAAAUAGAAAUGGGAUUUGUCACUGGAAAUUGCGUUGGAAGACUUUCAAAAACAAAUAGAUUAUGCUAUGGUAAAAUAAGAAUCUAAGAUUGUAAAUUUAGUGAUUAAAGUAAAAUAAUAAAAACAAAUCUUAAUCAUCAAGCCUUAAAAUUAAUGGGACAAUUUACUACUUGUCCAAUGCACGAUUGUAAUUAUUUUUUUCGUCUAAAUGAAGAAAUUGAAAGCAAAGUCAAUUUUUGCAAUAAUUGUAAUAAAUAUUUUUGUUAUAAUUGCCUUUAAUUUUGCCAAUAAUAACACUAAUGUUAAAUUAUUUAGAAAUUUUCAUAAAUUAUUUGUAAAUUCUGCAAUAAAUGUGGAAUAUUACAAAUCAUAUAAAAAUUAAAACCAUAAUUAACGUGCACAUAAUGUUAAAACAUGAUAUUUUUAUGA